GUGUAAUAUAUAGUUUUAAUUAUUGAAAAUGUUUUUACUGUAUAUAUUACUAUCAAAUGGACAUGUUUGCUAAAUAAAACUACACAGUAAAAAGGAUCUCACUUUGUAGUAUUUUAAACGUCUUUAGGGCACGUUAUGCACUUUGCUGUAUUUUUAAAAGCGUUUUUCAUAAUCAAGCGUCGCUUAAUUUGAUCAACCAUUUUGUGAGCUGUCAGAAAUAAAUGGAUUUGUUACUAUUUAUUUCAAGGGAUCAGGAUGACAUGAUGGGUUAGACUAGCAGUUGAAUGAAUUUGUGAGAAUAGACUGUUACAAACAAUUGUGGACAGUUCUGUGAAUUAGCAAAGUCUAUAUACAGCAGGGUUAAUGCCAGGAAACUGUGAGCAAAGAAAUUGAUUGAUAUCACACUAGGGGGCAAGCACCAUCAACAGGAAUGUGCGACAAAGGUACUGCAUCGUAAUGAAAAGCCUACAGGAACAUGUUCACAAAAAUAUUCAGCAUUGAAAUAUUCAUACUGCUAAAUACGACAGGCAAGCAGAUUUAUUCCAAAUUAAUUCAAUAAGUUGUUAUUGAAAUAACAAUAGAUUAUUACUACAGUGAGAAAGGAUAUUAUUUGUUUUCAAUGUAGUGUAUAAGAGAAUCAGGAAAGGAGAUAUAUAUAUAUAUAUAUAUUGAGUCUUGAAAUGAACAAGCAGACGGUACUAGUUUAUUCGAUUCUGUGAUAGCAGCAAAUGUAUAUGCGAGCUAUGAGGAUACCACGAUUACGAAGACUUUUACGAUGGUUGUUUAUGAUCGUUCUUUGUCUAUUUGUUUUGCUCAACUUGCACAUUCUAGUGAAUUUUCAACCAGGCUCUACAGAUAAUCAACAAGGUUUGAAUUUUAACGAUUUCGAGAAUCACAUAAAAAGGGAACAACCACAUGUACAGCGAGGCGAUUCGGGAAAAAGGAUGUUGCAAAAUUCGGAAGGAAAUAACAGAUCUCAGUUUAUAAUUGAACCAAAUUUUUUCAACGGCAGUGACGACAGAUUAACAAACAGCGUCGAUUCUGAAAACUUGACGCAGAUUCAGAUUGAAAUAGAAAAAGUUAAUUCAGCACAACGAAUACAAAAUAUUCAUCGCUACGGACUAAAAUUAAAUCAUGAAAGUGUUGUGAUAGUUGUUCAAGUUCAUGAUAGAUUUGAAUACCUCAAAAUUUUGUUAGAUUCAUUGAAGGAAACAAAGAAGAUCGAAGAAACAUUGCUCAUUAUCAGUCAUGAUGUGUACUCAGAACCAUUAAAUAAACUAGUCAAAGACAUUGAAUUUUGUCCUGUUUUGCAGAUUUUUUUCCCACACACAUUGCAGUUACAUCCAAAGUCAUUCCCAGGGGAAGAUCCAAAAGAUUGCCCUCGUAACAUGAAGAGAGAAGAGGCAGUGAAAGUUAAAUGUCAAAAUGCUGCCUACCCAGACAAGUACGGACAUUACAGGGAAGCUAAAUACUGCCAGACUAAACACCACUGGUUCUGGAAGUUGAACCAUAUAUUUGAAAGAGUAAAUGUGAUGAAGAAUUAUGAAGGAUUAGUUCUGUUGUUGGAAGAAGACUACUACGUGACCCCAGAUAUUCUGUCAGUUCUCCAGAUGAUGCAGAAUCUUCGCAACAAGGAGUGUAAAGAAUGUAAGAUACUGGCAGCAGGGAACUAUGACAAAACCCAGAAUUUUGGUGCCAAUGCUGGAAAGCCUGGUAAUCAAACUGGAAGCGUCAACCUUGUGCAGGGAAAUAAUACAACAGGAAAGCCAUCGGGUGCGGAGGGUGCCAGCAAGGUUGAAGUUGCCAACUGGAUCUCGUCAAGGCACAAUAUGGGAAUGGCAUUUAAUAUUGACCUCUUUAAAGAGAUUAAACGCUGCGGAAAGGAAUUCUGUAAUUUUGAUGACUAUAACUGGGAUUGGACAUUACAACACCUCAGUACUAAAUGCUUCUCUAGUCCAAUGAAAGUGCUCAAGAUGAAAGCAACCAGAGUGUUCCAUAUGGGAGAAUGUGGUGUUCAUCAUAAAGGUAAAAAUUGUAAACCAGAGGAGAAGAAAAAGACGACACAGAAUCUGAUUGACGCCAAUAAACAGCAUUUAUUCCCUAACACUGUUACAAUAGGCGGGUACUCGGGCCUAAAGCUCCGCGACCCAAAACCAAAUGGCGGCUGGGGCGAUCUCAGGGACAGACAACUCUGUUCAAGCUUUAUAACCAAUUCUAGCCUAGAGCUUCACUGAUGAAUGUUUUUGUAUUAGCAUUAUACAUUUUUAUUUUUAACUUACUUAAAAAAAUCAAACCAGUAAAAUGGGGAUACUUUCAGCAUUUCUGUACUUUAGUCAAGAUGUUAGAAGAUGAAACAGAAAAACAGCACAUCCUUAAACAGGAAACAAUAGAAAACCAGGGUUUGGCCUUGAAAAGAGGCUGUUGUUUGGCAGAGUUCAAUUUACUUUGAAACUUUUCUAGUUCAAAGGAUAAUGCUUACAUUUGAAGAAAUUUUUUCUUCAAAAUGUGUAGUUAACAAAGGUUGAUCUGUAUGCCAAUGGUGCUGGACAUAUUAGACACAUCAGAAUUACAAGCAUUAAGUGAAAUUGAAACAGAAGUACUGUCCAUGGUGCUGGACACAGUGGACUUGCUGUUUGUGACAAGGCAAAACAGAGGUACUAUUACAGCCCUUGAUAUAUUGGACACUGAAAUUACAGUGUUUGAAAAGUUUUGCUAUCACAGAGAUUGAUAUUGAAAUAAAACCAUAAGAUAUCAAGAAUACACAGAACUGCAGGUUACUGAAGUAUUGCACAUUUUUAUAAAUAAUUUCCAUCAUGUGAAGUGAAAAAAUUUGCUUAAUGUUACCAGUAACUGUUAAUAGUUAAAAAUACCAGUUUGAUAUACAAGAAGAGUCAUAGAUGUGGAUGCAGGAUGCAGGAUUUAGGUGCUAAACCUCGUCAUUUUUAGGUGAUAUCUAUUAAUAAGUGGUUGUUUUUCUGGACACAGGUCCCAAGUUAAUAAAACUGACAUUGGAGAUCUAUCUAAAAAUGCAGCCUUCAAAUUGGUUGAUUUGCGUUUUGUGCUGAAGGGAAAAAUGCAAUCAGGGUUAAAGUCUAUAGAUAUGAAUUUUAGAGACCAGUUUGAAAACAAUAGAUUAGAAUCGGAGCAUAUUUUUGAAACUGACCAAUGGUGAAGUGGUAUUCAUAGACUGGUCUCCAAUAUUAGUCUGUUCAGAUACUUGUUUUACACAUAUUUCCAACCUCAAAUUUGUGAUUGUGGGCCCAGUCUGAAAUAUGAUUGAAGAGGAAAAGGAGUGAUUUUAUCUAAGUCAUAUAGAUAAUUUUAUUACUGUUGAUCAUUACUGUUAAACUUCUUCACCAAAAUCGUAAGUUGUUUGCAUUUAUAUUAGUGUUCUUUGUUAGUAGCAAUUAGCUAUGUUAGUUUUAGAAAGUUCAGACCUGAAGCAUACACUUACUGUGUAAAAUAAAGCCUUUUUAUGCCCUACAGUGUCAAAGACCUAGGAGGCAUGUAGUGUUUGAACUGUGCAUCAGUCUGCCUAUCUGUCCAUCCAUCACUCUUCAUUGUGUACUCAUCUUGAACAAUUUCCAUCCAUUCCAAAUGAAACUUGGUAUUUGUCAGUAACAUGAAGUGGCCCUACCAUUUCAGUCCAACUCAAAUUAAACAUGGUAUACAUCAUCAGCAUGAAGUAAGACUUGCAAAUAUUUAACAUAUGAGCCGUGCCAUGAGAAAACCAACAUAGUGGCUUUGCGACCAGCAUGGAUCCAGACCAGCCUGCGCAUCCGCGCAGUCUGGUCAGGAUCCAUGCUGUUCGCUUUUAAAGCCUAUUGGGAUUGGAAAAACUGUUAGCAAACAGCAUGGAUGCUGGUCUGGAUCCAUGCUGGUCGCAAAGCCACUAUGUUGGUUUUCCCAUGGCACGGCUCAUUUGUACCUUGUUUAUUGAAUUGUCCCCUGCAGGUUGCAUCCAUUUGAGAUGAACUUUGGUAUAUAUUAUCAACAUCAAAUCAACAUGAGCAUUUUAUCAAGAGUUCCCUGUCAGAUUUCUUGUUUCUGCUCAAAAAUUUUAUAUUGUUGCGCAUUUCCAGGAUACAUGUUUUGUACAGUGUUGUCAUUAUUCUUGUUAUAUAUUUCUGUUUAGAUCAGCAUAAUGUAUUUUACUGUAGUAGUUCUGCACCAGUAUUCAGCUAAGCUACAUCUACUGUUCGUAGUAUAGGCAGAAUAUAGGCAUGCAAUCUUAAUUAUAAACCAAAAGAGAGCAUGUGAUGUUUUGUUAAAUUAGUGGUUUAUUUAAGAAAUAAUGUAUGUAAGAAACAUGUUGUAAUUAAUUUAAUCAUGGCAAAGAGGUUAUGAAUCAUUGUUUGGUUUAACGUCUUACCGACAAUUAUAGGUCUUAAGGCGAAUUUCCAGCUUUGAUGGUGGAGGAAGACGCCAGAUGCCCGUCGGUGCAUUAUUUCAUCAUGGGCAGGCACCUGGGUAGAACCACCAACCUUCCGUCAGCAAUCUGGAUGGCUUCCUCACAUGAAGAAUUCAACGCUCUGAGUGAGGCUCGAACCCACAUCGGUGAGGGGCAAGUGAUCUGAAGUCAGUGACCUUAACCACUUGGCCAAGGUUUUGAAUUGUAUGGAAUGAUUACUUAGGGGCAUAACCUGAGUGAAUUAUUCCAUGCAGCAUAUUUACAAUUCCGAGUGUUUAUAAAUUAAUAAAGAUUCUCUGAUAUUAUAUUAUUUAGACUCUAAAGUAUCUUAUAUGUAAUAUGGGAGAGCAAAUGUGAUAGCAUUAUUUCUUCUUCACUAAUUCUGUACCUUUCAGGCCUUUGGCUUUUCAGUUUUGCCGCAGGAUUAAAGAGAAUUCUUGAAAUACGAAAAUGAUUUGCAGUUGUUUUUGCUAUUAUUAUUUCUAAUGUUAUUGAAUGCUUUUCUUGUUAUUUUGUUCUGAAGACAAUUUUCAUGUAGUGUGUAGGUCAAAGCUUCGAAAUACGUUUAUUAAGUUAAAACAGCAUAACUUUGCACUGCUAUGUAAAGACAGCGAAACUAUUCACUAUUCAGAAGACAGCGGAAUUAUUCACUUCCUAAAACACUUACUAAUUUUUAUUUCUUUACAUUCUUUUCUAUUGUUUGUUACCAAAAUUUAUUUGAGUAAAUGAAAAAAAACAACAUUGUAGGCAAAACAGCUUCGAUGUAUUUUUAGCUCGACUAUUCGAAGAAUAGUCUAGCUAUUCUACUCACCCUGGCGUCGGCGUCGGCGUCGGCGUCGGCGUCACACCUUGGUUAAGUUUUUGCAUGCAAGUACAAACAGCCAUCAAUUAAAGGCAUAUAGCUUUGAAACUAAUUUUUUCUUUUUCUAGGUCAAUUACCAACCUCUCUGGGUCAAGUCCCAUAACUCUGACAUGUAUUUUGAGCAAAUUAUGCCCCCUUUUGGACUUAGAAAAUUUUGGUUAAAGUUUUACAUGCAAGUUACUAUCUCCAAAACUAAUGCAGAUAUUGAUUUGAAACUUCACAUGCAUCUUCGGGGUUAUAAAUCUAGUUGAUAGCAGCAAGUCCCAUAACUCUGACCUUCAUUUUGGCCAAAUUAUGCCCCCUUUUGGACUUAGAAAAUUCUGGUUAAAGUUUUGCGUGCAAGUACAUACAGCUAUUUCUAAAAAGCAUAUAGAUUUGAAACUUAUUUUUUCUUUUUCUAGAUCAAUUACCAACCUCACUGGGUCAAGACCCAUAACUCUGACAUGUAUUUUGAGCAAAUUAUGCCCCCUUUUAGACUUAGAAAAUUUUGGUUAAAGUUUUACAUGCAAGUUACUAUCUCUAAAACUAAUGCAGAUAUUGAUUUGAAACUUCACAUGCGUCUUCGGGGUUAUAAAUCUAGUUGAUAGCAGCAAGUCCCAUAACUCUGACCUUCAUUUUGGCCAAAUUAUGCCCCCUUUUGGACUUAGAAAAUUCUGGUUAAAGUUUUGCGUGCAAGUACAUACAGCUAUUUCUAAAAGGCAUAUAGAUUUGAAACUUAUUUUUUCUUUUUCUAGAUCAAUUACCAACCUCACUGGGUCAAGUCCCAUAACUCUGACAUGUUUUUUGAGCAAAUUAUGCCCCCUUUUAGACUUAGAAAAUUUUGAUUAAAGUUUUACAUGCAAGUUAUUAUCUCCAAAACUAAUGCAGAUAUUGAAUUGAAACUUCACAUGUGCCUUCGGGGUUAUAAAACUAGUUGAUAGCAGCAAGUCCCAUAACUGAUAUGCAUUUUGGUCGAAUUAUUCCCCCUUUUGAACUUAAAACUCUUUUGAUAUUUAACCUUUUUGGGUAAUAUUUUCCUGCUUCUGGGGCAAUAUUUCGAAUAGUCGAGCUUGGCUGUCUUAUGGACAGCUCUUGUUUAUCUGGCACUGUUUACACAGUAACUUUGAGUGGUAGUUCAUGUAGAAAAGUUGGGUAAAAUUUAAUCAAAACCAUUGAAAAUGCAUGAAAUGAAAGGACUGUAUUGACUUACUUAUAAGGUCAGUCUUCAAAAUUUGAAACUGUUACAUCUGGUAUUUACUUUUUGAAAGAAUUUUCACUGAAAUAAACAGAUACCUUCUAUUAACCCUUAUCAUGCUAAACACGAUUGAUUCUGCCUUUGCGACCAGUGUAGAUCACGAUCAGCCUGCACAUCCAUGUGGUUCUGGGACGAUCUGUGUAUGAAAAGAAUUGGAACCACUGCCUUACCCUUGCAUGAUCGUAAGAGGCGACUAAUAGGGUCUUAACACUUGGUUUUGCUGUAACACUGUGAUUCCAGCAGGUAUGCAAAUUUUGAUUCCAUACCUCAUGUUUUUAUUUCGAUGUAAAUGAGAUAUGGAACCAAAAUUUGUAGUCCUGUUUGGCGCCAUAUAACCUAUACUGUGUUGGUGCGCCGUAAAACCCAAAUAAAUAAAUAAAU